AAAGCACUUCCAUGGUUUUAGGAGUGGUACGAAAUAUCGUCUCCCCCCUCUCAUACUGUAACAUAACGUAAGGCACAGCAGACAGCAUCAUGUCAGAUUUUCUGGGAUUCAUCUCGGGCUGCUUUGGAGACUCCAAAUCAGCUGCGACUUCAUGGCGUGCGUCAUUGCGCAGCGGCGCGUCCAGCACAUAGUGGUUAAUGGGAAUACGCUGACAGAGCACAACCAGUUGUUUGUGCGGGCAUAUGUAUGCGCUGAUCAGCAGGUGCUGUCUUUAAAAAACACUGGAUGGAAGUGGCGUUUACAGCAACACCAGUCUGACGGAAAACUCUUCUACUACGGACUCUUAUUUCCAGGAUGCGCGGACAAAUGUGACAUGCUCGCUUCGAUCGGCAGAUACAGAUAAACUCCACCUGGCAUCCUCACUCUUUCAGCAGUCAUGGCUCUCUUUGUAUCUGGAGGGACUGUGUUCACCGUCCUCCUCAUUAGCAGGUUGUUAGAGAGCUCGAUGCUCAAUGCAGAAGUGAAGGAAGGAGAGAUUCUGCCUCCUACGAUUCAGAGGCUGAUGAAAGGAUACAACAAGUACCUCAGGCCUUUCUUUGACAAUGGUCCAGUGACGGUGGGUAUGAGCUUGGACAUUGCAAGCAUUGACACCAUCUCAGAGAUCAACAUGGACUACACCGCCACCAUAUUCCUCCGCCAGCGCUGGACGGAUGAACGGUUGGUGUUUGAAGGCAACAAGAGCCUGAGCCUGGACGGGAGGCUGGUGGAGCUCCUCUGGGUCCCUGACACAUUCAUUGUCGACUCCAAGAAGUCCUUCCUCCAUGACAUCACUGUGGAGAACAGGCUGAUCCGCAUCUUCCCCAACGGGACCGUGCUUUACGCUCUGAGGAUUACCACCACUGUGGCUUGCAACAUGGACCUGACCAAGUACCCCAUGGACAAGCAGACCUGCACGCUACAACUGGAGAGCUGGGGCUACAACAUCAAUGAUGUGAUGUUCUACUGGACCAGAGGAAACGAGUCUGUUAGUGGUUUAGACUCUCUCCAGCUGGCUCAGUACACAGUAGAAGAUCACUACACAUCUGUGUCAGAGGCCAUCUAUGAAACUGGCCAUUACCCCAAGCUGGUUUUCCACUUUGAGCUGAAGAGGAGCAUUCUCUACUUCAUCCUGGAGACUUACGUCCCCUCCAGCCUGCUGGUUGUCCUCUCUUGGGUUUCCUUCUGGAUUUCCCUGUCCUCUGUUCCAGCACGAAUUUGCAUAGGAGUGACCACAGUACUGACCAUGACCACGCUGAUGAUGGGAGCCCGCACAUCACUGCCUAAUGCCAACUGCUUCAUCAAGGCCAUAGAUGUCUACUUGGGAAUCUGCUUUAGCUUUAUCUUUGGAGCGCUCAUUGAAUAUGCCGUGGCACAUUUCUGCACCCUAACCCACAGCGAUGCACACAUGCUCAUGUAUGGCCACCACAUGCACGACUUCGACGACGAAAUGAACGGCAUCCUCACCACCAUCUCCACUCACAACAGAGCCAAGAGACGCAAGGAACCCGCCGCCACUCCUUCCUCAGCUCCUGCCUCGACAGAACUUGCCGUCAGGCCCUCCAGCCCCUCGGGCAGCGAGCCGAAGCCCGAGGCGUCGCCUCCAGAGCCCACCAACUGGUGCCUCACUGUUCUGGCCACCCUCCGCAAAAUUCUCCGCUCCAUAAAUUGCUGUCACGUCGAGAACCCCCACCACAUAGACAACUACUCCAGAGUCACAUUCCCCCUGUCUUUCGUCAUGGUCAACCUGCUCUACUGGACAUAUUAUCUGUACUUUUAGCAUUCGCUCGAGUGCAACAUGUGUCCCAGAAAGUGUGAAACGGAGAGUGUACGUAGACAAGACGUGUAUUUUACUGUAUGUAUGUACAGUAAGUGUUAUUUAAGUGUGUUCUGACAUGAGUGUGUACACUUUCUACAUUUGGAUUCAUGAGUGAAGUAGCAUACUCAUGCAGGGUUGUUUUUGGUGAAUAAGGAAUGCGAGUGAUUGCAGCUCCAUUUUAAAUAUUAAUAUGUACUUAAACUGAGCUACUGCUUUAAAUUUCAUAGAGUUGGUUUUGCUAAAAAUAGGACCUAGCUGUCCCUGACAAAGUGAGAUUUGAUAAAUGUUGAUCUGCUUGAAGAUGAGAAUGGCUUUCUAAGAUAAGAAUGGCCAGACUAUCUUCCUUGUAGUAUAUUCAUUUUAAGAUGGAGCUGUAAUUUAAGGCUUGAUGACAGAAUUCGUCAGCACUGUUGAGUGAGAGCAAAUUCCCCUUCCACUUGGAUUCUCUGUUGUGAUGGAUUGAUCACUGAUAUUUUACAACUUCAUCUUCCAUCUCUGCCUGCAGGUACAACUUUUAGAGAGAAAUAGAAAAAAUAAUAGAUGGCAGAAGAUGGAUGAAAAAGACAGACAAGGGAGGUGGAGAACUAACUCUGAGGAGAGUGUGUUAAAAAUUAAAUAGUAGUCUCUCACGGAUAAUCAUUUGCUCACUGUUGAAAUCUCUCCUUUCAUUGUCCCUUCGUUAGUUUUUAGUUGUUUUUUUAUUCACCAAACAGUGCUGUUUCUCUUUGCCUGUGUUUUACCAUCUUUUCACUGACACUAUAAAUGUAGUGGCCUUUGAUCCCUUCAGUUGUCUUCUGGAAAUCUGGCCACCAAGAGCAACUUUAUGGCACUUGUUAUUAUACAAAUCUUUUUCACAAAGGAGGCACCAGGAGCCAUUGACAUAUGAAAUGCAAAAAAGAGUCCAUAUUUCAUAAAUGACUAGCAUAUUAUAAAAUAUUUUUUGUAAUUAAAUAGAGAGAACAAUAUACAUGUGCUAAUAAAUGUCAGAAAUUAUAAAAAGUCAAUGCAUUAUUAAUUAAGAAAUGUUAUUCCUACUUUCUUAUUUUUAGAACUUAUUCUUUUCAAAACCAGAUUAAUUGUUCUAAGAUGUGUCACUUUACUUGUGACCAGAGCAUGCCCCCUUACCGUUUAGGUGAUCAAAUGCCCAUAGUCUCAAAAAUAAAAUUAAUUUAAGAAGCUGCUGCUUGUGACUACAAUAGCUCUGACCACUAUCAAACUGAGUUCAAGGAUUAGCCAUUUUAGCUAGCUGACGAAUUACUUACCUUGUCAGUGUUGUGAUAUCAAAAGAAAGAUUUAAAAUUCUAUCAUGAGCUAAAGACAGCCUUUGUUGUUGGUUGUUCUAGCCAUCAAGAGUUAAGCAAAUAGCUGGCGAGCCUGCCUUGACACUUUGUCGGCAUAUGUGACUAGAGAUUUGGUUUAAAAUAUGAAAAGUUGCUACUUGCUUUAAUCUAAGAAAAAAAUCCAUCCACUGCAGCAUUUGAAGUAAGAUGAGAAAUAUUUUUAAAAAAAAUACUAAACUUAACAUAAAAUUAAAUUGUCGUAAUGAAAAAUACCAUGAGAAACAAAAAGUGACUGUUUGAAAAAAAACAUUUUGAUGCAGUAAAAUUGUAUCUCAUAAUCAUUAAGAGAUAAAAUAACAUAUUGAUAAUGUACUGUUGCAGCUUAUUGGAUCAUGUAUAGAUCUCUGUUUAUUCACAUGAAUAUUUAUUUCAAUAUAUGUUUUUUUGCAACACUUGGGUCUCCGUAAUAACUGACUAUAUAUAUAUAUAUAUAUAUAUAUAUAUAUAUAUAUAUAUAUAUAUAUAUAUAUAUACAUAUAAUAACUGACUAUAUAUAUAUAUAUAUAUAUAUAUAUAUAUAUGUGCGCAGUAUUUCUCUCUUUAUGGACUCCUGGUAGUGUUUCUCAGUGUGCUUUUGUAAUAGAUAAAGCCACAGCUUGAUGUGUUAGACGUUGUAGAGUGAUUUGAAUAUGAAUGAAACGGACAAAAUAUUUCAAGAGGAUGUCGUCAUCUACAUAUUAUCCACAUGGCAAUCUGCCUGGACAUGCUAUGCUUGAGAUGUAACUCCUCUUCUCAGUUUUUAAAGCUAUUGUCACCUUCCACGUUACGAGAAUUGAGCGUUUCAGUUCGGGUGAUACCAGUGACGUGAACCAAAGAACCAAAGAUUCCAAUUUAAUUUCACCGUUCUUCUUGGUUUCCCUUUAGUUCCUACGAGACUUUAAGUGCAUUUUCAAAUGUUAAUAUCAUGUUUGUUAUUCAUCAGAGAAUUCUCAAAUAGCAUGCAGUCAGUGAGCAGAUAAACAUAACACUUCAUAUUCCAGACAGGAUUCUGUUGAACGACAGAGAUGCAUGUCUAUUUCUUGCUGUAUUCAAUAUUGCUGUGACAUACUCUCACUCAUUUAAAUGAAAGCAGUUUAUUAGACCAUUUAGCUGGAAUGCAAGUCUCAAGGAUCCAUUUUGAAGAACUACCUGUCUGUGUGUAAAGACAAGCUAUACCGUCACUAUAUAUUUAUGCUUCAUGGACUUAUUUUAGCUCCAUUGCUUUCCAUGUUUGAAUAUAUUUUUGAAUAUACCAUCAGUUAUCAAACUUUUUGAUUGUUCUCUUUGCCUGAUAAUAAUAAAACUAGGAAUUUUUUAGUUCAUGUUCCUUCUGCAUGAUUAUCAAGUACAACUUUGUUUCUUCUGCUUUGUUUGAUUUCACUUUGGUUUAUCAUGAUGGAGGAGAAUCACCAUUCAAUGCUAAACUGAGGCUAUUGUGAGGAUUAGAUGUAUAGUUUGUUUGAUUUGGGGUCUCAUCUGGUUCCAAAAGUGCUCAGACUUCUGUUCUCAUUUUCCGUUUUUUGAACUUUUGAAAGAACAAGUGACCAGUGACGAUGUUGUCUUGCCUCCAGCUGAGCUGUGUCUCUGCUGUGGAAGUCAGUGAGCACUGACACGUUGAAAAGGCCAACGUGAUAAAACACAGAUUGUCAGGUUUUUUACAAUAUAGCACCACCGUUGAAGUUUUGAUAGUAUUCUUCUCAGUGACUAGUACAAUAAAUGAAUGCCAAUAUGGAGCCAAAGAAGCACAAGAGCAACCAGUAAAGCUUCCUGUAGGUGUGGAUGCAUAUAGAGCGCCAAGCACUAGAGUAUCAGCACGGUAUGGCUCCUCGAUUGCAACUACAUUAUCAGCGUGAGUUUUGCUCCAAAUGGACAGCAUUUUGGACGGUUAUAAAUACCCAAGGAAGGAGCGAACAAGACAAUAUGGGCAGAAUUGCCAGGACAUAUUUGGAGUAACUUUCCCGCAACAGAAAAACUGGGGAAAUGGCUACCAUUGGAUUGCCCUUUCUUUUCCUGUUGUGGGACUCGUCAAUUUUAUCUUCCAGGUGACAGUGGCUACCAACCUCACAGUUCCUGGCACAUCUUAACGUGAAAUGUAUUUAUAUGCUGUAGUACCAUGUUAAUAUAGGCCCAUGUUUGCUUAACCUGUUGUAAAUAAAUAGUAACACUAUGCAUGUUUAUUUGGUGUAUGAAUAUGAAAGAUAGCAAUAAAAGAGGUUUGACGUG